UUUGACUCACCACAGCUUGCAGCGAGCUUGCACUCCAGCUUGGCAUCCACAGUGGUUCAGACGCUCGCGCCUAUAGCUCAGUUUUGAUUGAUACACACAAAAGCACACAGAAACUUAAGUAGCCAUGGAUGCCAUCAAGAAGAAGAUGCAGAUGCUGAAGCUGGACAAGGAGAAUGGUUUGGACAGAGCUGAGCAGGCCGAGUCAGACAAGAAGGCAGCUGAGGACAGGAGCAAGCAGCUUGAGGAUGACCUGCUGGCGCUGCAGAAGAAGCUAAAGUCCACUGAGGAUGAAUUGGACAAGUACUCCGAAGCCCUGAAGGAUGCCCAGGAGAAACUGGAGCUGGCUGAGAAGAAAGCCACAGAUGCUGAGGGCGAUGUCGCCUCCCUAAACAGACGCAUCCAGCUGGUUGAGGAGGAGUUGGACCGUGCUCAGGAGCGUCUGGCCACAGCUCUGACCAAGCUGGAGGAGGCUGAGAAGGCAGCAGAUGAGAGCGAGAGAGGCAUGAAGGUUAUUGAGAACAGGGCGAUGAAGGACGAGGAGAAGAUGGAGCUGCAGGAGAUCCAGUUGAAGGAGGCCAAGCACAUUGCUGAGGAGGCUGAUCGCAAAUACGAGGAGGUGGCCCGUAAGCUUGUGAUCAUUGAGAGCGAUUUGGAACGUACAGAGGAGCGCGCCGAGCUGUCUGAGAGUAAAUGCGGUGAGCUUGAGGAGGAGUUAAAGACCGUGCAGAACAACCUAAAGUCUCUGGAGGCUCAGGCUGAGAAGUACUCGCAGAAGGAGGACAAGUACGAAGAAGAGAUCAAGGUUCUUACAGACAAGCUGAAGGAGGCUGAAACUCGUGCUGAGUUUGCUGAGAGAUCAGUUGCCAAACUUGAGAAGACCAUUGAUGACCUAGAGGAUAAACUUGCUCGUGCAAAAGAAGACAACGUGAGCGUAAAGCGGAUGCUGGAUCAGACUCUAAUGGAGAUAUGUAACAUUUGACCCAGCUGUACUCCUCUCCUCAAUGUGACUGACUCUGGGACACCAUGGCUGCAGUACACAAAAUGUGUGUCUCCUCCCUGACCUCAUGAAACUAUGUUACGCACUGGCAGCAUUCACUGUAUCGUCUUUAUUUGAGAGAAUAAGCACUUUUUUUUACAGUGCACAAAUAUUUCACAUAUUCAUUAAGCCAAGGUUAUAAAGGAGUUUUUAUUGCGGAUUUUUGUUAAGUUGCUUGUUAGUCUUUAAUUACGGUUGUUAUUUUGUAAUUGAUACGGUGACAUUGAUGUUUUCACUUUGUAUUAACACAUUUGUAGGAAAUAUUUGCACAUUGAACUUGUUUUUUUAUUUUUUGUGUUAUUGUUUUUCCCUUUUAAGUUAUUUUGAGUUUUGUCUGUCAUUUUAUCAUGGAAAUGUUAAUCCUUAAUAAAUUGGUAAACCAACUG